GGACAAUGCACUCCCACCCCAGCCGAAUCCCUGCCCAAACUGGCACAGGCAUCAGCACCAAAGCGGCUUUCCUCGGCUCUCAUGCCCCAGCACUGAACCGACCCUCACACUGAGGAGGGGCAGCCAAGACGUUGGCCGGACUGAAGGGAGCACAGAGAAAGAGGCAUGAAGGGUUGCUCUGGCCUCGGCCUCUGAGGCUCGUCCGAGGUUGACAUCUUUUAUGCAUGUUCCUGCAGCGCUCAGGGCUUGAAUUUCGGUUGCCCGCCUAUUUGUUCUUUCCCGUUGUCGAUAUUUCAAGUCGUGCAACCAGCCUCGGUCACCUCAAUCGCUGGCCAAAAAAACCCGGUCUGCCUUGGUCGCGACGAAACACGUCCCCAGCUCCCCCCAGCUCUUGAGCUUGUCAACGGACUACUCUAAUCCUCGCACACAACGAACUGCACGAUGAGUAUGAGGACAACAUCGAGGGCCUUCGGGUCACUGAGGCCCCUCGUCUCCCGCCCGGCAUGCUCUCUCCGCGUUCGAUCCAGCAGGCACUACUCGGCCAGCUCCGAGCCCGAUCUCAAGACAACCCUGAAGGAGGUCAUCCCGGCCAAGCGGGAGCUCCUCAAGAAGGUCAAGGCCCACGGCUCCAAGGUCAUUGGCGAGGUCAAGGUCGAGAACACCAUCGGCGGCAUGCGCGGGCUCAAGGCCAUGGUCUGGGAAGGCUCCGUGCUCGACGCCGACGAGGGCAUCCGCUUCCACGGCCGCACAAUCAAGGACUGCCAACGCGAGCUGCCCAAGGGCAAGACGGGCACCGAGAUGCUGCCAGAGGCCAUGUUCUGGCUGCUCCUGACGGGCCGCGUCCCGAGCACAAACCAAGUCCGCGUCCUGUCCCGCCAGCUGGCCGAGCAGGCCGCCCUUCCCGCCUUCGUCAACAAGAUGCUCGACGAUUUCCCCAAAGACCUACACCCCAUGACCCAGUUCGCCAUCGCCGUGUCCUCUCUCAACUACACCUCCAAGUUCGCAAAGGCGUACGAGGCUGGGCUCAAUAAGGCCGAUUACUGGGAGCCCACCUUUGACGACUGCAUCAGCCUGCUUGCCAAGCUGCCCACCAUCGCUGCCAAGAUCUACCAGAACUCAUACCGCGGUGGCGGUGCUCUGCCCGCCGAGGUUGACCUGGAGCAGGACUGGUCCUACAACUUCGCUGCCAUGCUCGGCAAGGGCGGCAAAGAGAAUGAGAACUUCCAGGAUCUCCUCCGUCUGUACCUGGCUCUCCACGGCGACCACGAGGGUGGCAACGUAUCCGCACACGCAACACACCUUGUCGGCAGUGCUCUGAGCGACCCAUUCCUCAGCUACAGCGCUGGCCUUCAGGGACUAGCCGGGCCUCUUCAUGGUCUCGCCGCCCAGGAGGUUCUUCGAUGGAUCAUCCAAAUGAAGGACGCGAUCCCCGCCGAAUAUACCGAGAAGGACGUCCACGACUACCUGUGGUCGACCCUCAACUCGGGCCGUGUUGUCCCUGGAUACGGCCACGCAGUCCUGCGCAAGCCGGACCCCCGUUUCCAGGCACUGAUGGACUACGCGGCAUCACGCCCCGAGAUCGCGCGCGACCCUGUCUUCAAGCUUGUGCAGCUCAACAGUGAGGUGGCGCCCGAGGUGCUCAAGAAGCACGGCAAGACAAAGAACCCGUACCCCAACGUGGACUCGAGCUCGGGCGUGCUGUUCCACCACUACGGCUUCCACGAGACGCUCUACUACACGGCCACUUUCGGUGUGAGCCGCGGCCUGGGGCCGCUGGCCCAGCUCAUCUGGGACCGCGCCCUUGGCCUGCCCAUCGAGAGGCCCAAGAGCAUAAACCUCGCGGGCAUCCUGAAGCAGGUCGGCGAGUCUGCCUAGGUGGCGACACAACGAGCGGCCGACGAAGAACCUGACGGGCCGAGAGAUGACGGAAAUGCGGAGCACUUGACGUCUGCUAGCAACGGCGACUGUAUCAUGUGCCAUAUGCUAAAAAUGGAAAUACCAUAUCAUUAACCCUGGACACGCUUCCCUCCAUCUGUUUCUCUCUCUCCGAUAUUACCAACUCCAAAACGCCCACUCGGACUGGAAUCCCACGGAUCAAUGGCUCGCCAUGAUGUAUGAAGACUAGCCCUGGUAGAGAAGCUAAUACGCUCGCUUCAUUGAAUCGGACUUUGCUCAUCGGAUGAUCAAGCACCGAGUGCCAUUAGUUUGCUCACUCCCUCGGUUCCCCAAAUUACGGCAUAAUUCCAGCAGAGC